AUGGACUUCAACAGAAUACCGUACUCCGCCAGGCUCGAGUCUGGGGCGGCCAAUUACUUUUUGAAGCAAAGAAAUAUGAACUGUUAUCAGUUUGUUGACAAGUACACAGGUGAUGCUGGAGUUGAUAGGAAGAUCGUAACACAAGUCACAGACACAAUCAAUAGUUGUUGCUCACGGGUUGCCAAGAGUUGUGUCUUGCAUGUGGGCGUGGCUGCCACAAGUAGUGUCUCGCAGGUGGGCGUGGCUGCCAAGAGUAGUGUCUCCCAGGUGGGCGUGGCUGCCAAGAGUAGUGUCUCCCAGGUGGGCGUGGCUGCCACAAGUAGUGUCUCGCAGGUGGGCGUGGCUGCCAAGAGGUGUGUCUCCCAGGUGGGCGUGGCUGCCAAGAGUAGUGUCUCCCAGGUGGGCGUUGCUGCCAAGAGAAGUGUCUCGCAGGUGGGCGUGGCUGCCACAAGUAGUGUCACGCAGGUGGGCGUGGCUGCCAAGAGGUGUGUCUCGCAUGUGGGCGUGGCUGCCAAGAGUAGUGUCUCCCAGGUGGGCGUGGCUGCUAAGAGUAGUGUCUCGCAGGUGGGCGUGGCUGCCAAGAGUAGUGUCUCCCAGGUGGGCGUGGCUGCCGAGAGAUGUGUCUCGCAGGUGGGCGUGGCUGCAAAGAGUAGUGUCUCCCAGAAGAUCCUGAGUGAGAAUAACAAGCCUUUGUCCCCCUCUCCCCGUCCUCCUCUCCCCGCCCCCCCUCUCCCCGUCCUCCUCUCCCCGCCCCCCUCUCCCCGUCCUCCACGUCCCCUCUUCCAGUCCUACACUCCCCGUCCUCCUCUCCCCGUCCUCCUCUCCCCGUCUAUCUCUCCCCGUCCUCCUCUCCCCGUCCUUCACUCCCCGUCCUCCUCUCCCCGUCCUCCUCUCCCCGUCCUCUUCUGUCCGUCCUCCUCUCCCCGUCCUCUUCUCCCCGUCCUCCUCUCCCCGUCCUCCUCUCCCCGUCCUCCUCUCCCCGUCCUCUUCUGUCCGUCCUCCUCUCCCCGUCCUCUUCUCCCCGUCCUCCUCUCCCAGUCCUCCUCUCCCCGUCCUCCUCUCCCCGUCCUCCUCUCCCCGUCCUCCUCUCCCCGUCCUCUUCUGCCCGUCCUCCUCUCCCCGCCCCCCUCUCCCCGUCCUCCUCUCCCCGUCCUCCACGUCCCCUCUUCCAGUCCUACACUCCCCGUCCUCCUCUCCCCGUCCUCCACGUCCCCUCUUCCAGUCCUACACUCCCCGUCCUCCUCUCCCCGCCCCCCCUCUCCCCGUCCUCCACGUCCCCUCUUCCAGUCCUCCUCUCCCCGUCCUCCUCUCCCCGUCCUCCUCUCCCCGUCCUCCUCUCCCCGUCCUCCACGUCCCCUCUUCCAGUCCUACACUCCCCGUCCUCCUCUCCCCGUCCUCCUCUCCCCGUCCUCCUCUCCCCGUCCUCCACGUCCGCUCUCCCCGUCCUCCUCUUCCCGUCCUCCACGUCCUACACUCCCCGUCCUCCACUCCCCGUCCUCCUCUCCCCGUCCUCCUCUCCCCGUCCUCUUCUGCCCGUCCUCCUCUCUCCGUCCUCCACUUCCCCUCUCCGAGUCCUACACUCCCCGUCCUCCUCUCCCCGUCCUUCACUCCCCGUCCUCCUCUCCCCGUCCUCCACGUCCCCUCUCCCCGUCCUCCUCUCCCCGUCCUCCACGUCUCCUCUCCCCGUCCUCCUCUCGCCGUCCUCCACGUCUCCUCUCCCUGUCCUCCUCUCGCCGUCCUCCUCUCUCCGUCCUCCACGUCCCCUCUACCAGUCCUACACUCCCCGUCCUCCUCUCCCCGUCCUCCUCUCCCCGUCUAUCUCUCCCCGUCCUCCACGUCCUACACUCCCCGUCCUCCUCUUCCCGUCCUCCACGUCCUACACUCCCCGUCCUCCUCUCCCCGUCCUCCUCUCCCCGUCCUCCUCUCGCCGUCCUCCACGUCUCCUCUCCCUGUCCUCCACUCCCCGUCCUCCUCUCCCCGUCCUCCUCUCCCCGUCCUCCACGUCCCCUCUCCCAGUCCUACACUCCCCGUCCUCCUCUCCCCGUCCUCCUCUCCCCGUCUAUCUCUCCCCGUCCUCCACGUCCUACACUCCCCGUCCUCCUCUUCCCGUCCUCCACGUCCUACACUCCCCGUCCUCCUCUCCCCGUCCUCCUCUCCCCGUCCUCCUCUCCCCGUCCUCUUCUGCCCGUCCUCCUCUCCCCGUCCUCCACGUCCCCUCUCCCAGUCCUACACUCCCCGUCCUCCUCUCCCCGCCCCCUCUCCCGCCCCCUCUCCCUGCCCCCGCUCCCCGUCCUGCACGUCCCCCUCUCCCCGUCCUCCUCUCCCUCCUCUCCCCGUCCUCCUCACCCCGUCCUCCUCUCCCCGUCCUCCUCUCCCCGUCCUCCUCACCCCGUCCUCCUCUCCCCGUCCUCCACGUCCCCCUCUCCACGUCCCCCUCUCCCCGUCCUCCUCUCCCCGUCCUCCUCACCCCGUCCUCCUCUCCCCGUCCUCCUCACCCCGUCCUCCUCUCCCCGUCCUCCUCUCCCCGUCCUCCUCACCCCGUCCUCCUCUCCCCGUCCUCCUCACCCCGUCCUCCUCUCCCCGUCCUCCUCUCCCCGUCCUCCUCUCCCCGUCCUCCUCACCCCGUCCUCCUCUCCCCGUCCUCCUCUCCCCGUCCUCCUCACCCCGUCCUCCUCUCCCCGUCCUCCUCUCCCCGUCCUCCUCACCCCGUCCUCCUCUCCCCGUCUUCCAAGUCCCGUCCUCCUCUCCCCGUCCUCCUCUCCCCGUCCUCCACGUCCCCCUCUCCACGUCCUCCUCUCCACGUCCUCCUCUCCCGUCCUCCUCUCCCCGUCCUCCUCUCCCCGUCCUCCACGUCCCCCUCUCCACGUCCCUCACCCCCAUUUGUCCUCCAUCCACCGUCCUCAUCCCAUCCCUCUCGAACUGAAGGGAUUUCAUGAAGUUCAAGAAGUUCACUUGCUAUGGAUGAUUUGUGACUUGUCGGAUUAUGAUCGUUAA